CCGAUGGAAUCCGAAACGGAGAAGGAGCGCCAGGACCAAAGAGGGGAAGAGAGAACUAUGAUUCCCGGCAUGCCGGCACACAUCGCCUCUUGAAGUCAAGCGGAGGGGGCGGAGUUAUGGAAUUCCUCCUCCUUCCUGUGCCCCGCCCCCCUUCACGAUUCGUCCUGACCUCUGACUCAGGCUCGCACAGACUGGGGAAACGAGCCAUGGAGGACCGAUCGUUGCAGUGUUUGGGUGGCAACAAACCGCACCUGGAGAAACUAACUCUGGGGGUCGCCCGUAUCCUGGAAGCUUCCCCAGGGGUGACUGGUGUGUCAGUUGUGGAACGGGAACCUGCUGAUAUUGGAAUGAUUACUGCAUGGGAACAAGAAAAUGAUUGUGUACUGCCAGAGGAUUUGAAGAAUUUUUACCUGAUGACAAAUGGCUUCCACAUGUUGUGGAAUGUGAAACUAGAUAAUUAUCCCAUCCCAUUGGGCAGCCUGAUGAUUAACAGCAUCAUGAAAUUGAACCAGCUCCACCAGACCUCUGUUUAUUUGCUUCCCAAUUCACCAAGUCUUGUGGACCUGGAGGAAGAUGAGGAUGAAGAGUUGGUAGCUAAUGGAGACGAGCCAGAGAAGCCACACUUUGACUCUAGAAAUAGGAUUUUUGAACUGGAUUCCUGCAAUGGAAACGGGAAAGUCUGCCUUGUUUAUAAAAAAGAUAAACCAGCACCCCAGGAUGCUGAGAUCUGGUUUCUGGACAGAGCUUUAUACUGGCAUUUUCUCAGUGACUCCUUUACUACCUACUAUCGCCUACUGAUCACUCAUCUGGGCCUCCCCCAGUGGCAGUAUGCCUUCACCAGCUAUGGCAUUAGCCCACAGGCCAGGCAAUGGUUCAACAUGUACAAACCUAUCACCUACAACACAACUGUUUCUGCUGAAGACGACUGCACCUUCUUGAACAAGCUGGACCCGAGCAAGGUGUUUAAGAGCAAGAGCAAGACCUUAGUCUCUAAAAAACGGUCAUCUCUACAGAACUCAAGCUCCCAGAGAGGUUCAUCAGCUUCUCCAGUCAUCAAGCCAUCGCCCCUCCCUGGAAACCCCAUCCGGAAAUAAGCAUUCUCCACCCCCACCCCCAGGUUCUCCAGGCCUUAUGACUCCCCAAGAAUGAAUGCAUGACCCCAGAACCAAGAUGGUGUUGGUGGUGUGGCUCUCACUGGCUGUGAAAAGAUCAAGAGAUUUGAGCAAAAUCAAAAGGAUUUUUUCAUCAGUACUGGAGUUCACGCUAAGAAUCAGAGACUGGGUUCUAUCCCUAGGCCUCUGAGUUUACAAUACAGCAAGUGGAAUCAUUACAUUGUUCCUGCCACCUAAACUCAAUUUUGGUUCUUGUUGGGCAGGAGGAAACAUCUUUUGAAACCCAGCAUUUCCCCUUCACUCUCCAUGCCCCAUCAUACACACACAGGACCACGUACUGCCUUAAACCAGCAAGCAAUAAAGUACACUCCGAGUCAGAGUAUCCCCUGACAGUUAAGAUCCUGUCGUCAGGUACUGAUGAUGCCUUGAGUGUCUUAAUGUUCUCCUUCCAUGAAAAACCUACUGUAAGGACAUUUGUGCUUUCCUUGUAGCAAUUACCUCCAAAACAUCUAAUUUUACUCUUUGCUGCUUUGUUUGCCUUCCAGCUGUUUUGUCAAAUUUCUCUCCAGUUGCCAAUGUUAUAUUUUCUUCUGAGCUUUUUAAAGAGGAGGCAGCACUGCUAUACUUUCUUUUAGUGGCUGCCUUAAAUCCACCUCAGACUAUGUUUUGUACGACUACAUGUGAGAAAUGAUGAUGAAAACAGUAAUUAUUGAUUACUGUGUCACUGAUGAUAUACCAUAUAAGAAUGUUGAGUUGCCAAAGCUACAAACUAGUACCAUCACAUCUUUAGUAUUGUGUGUUCUUUCCCCUAAGUUUGUUAAGUCAACAAAACCAUUCAAAUGAACAAACAAGAAUUAAAAAAAAUAAGUGUGAGUAAAACCACAAAACUCCAUUAUUUACAUCCGACUAUAAAAUGCUUAAUUUUUUUUUUUGUGGUGGUGGUGGGGGGAACUCCCUGGUGCUGAUUACAAUCUAUACCUGAUAGUCUUUCAGCAUUGUUGAAGGCACAAAGAAGUUAGGUGAUUUGUUUGUAGUUAAAGUGCAAUUAAGUGUUAGAACUGGGACUUGAACACAUGACUUCCUAACUCUAAGUCUAGCGAUGUAUCGCAUUGCCUCUUCAAAAGUAUAGUUAACAAAAAUGAACUAUUUGCUUCUGUGUUGCCUUCUGAACCCUUUCUCCAGUGUAUUUCUUCUGAAUUGCACUGUUUUGUAUUUAAAACAAACCGGUGAUAGUUAUGAUUUACAUUGUUCAAUUCCGCUUUCUUUGUUCUGUGUCGUUUUAUAAAAAUCUUUCCAUAUUUCUUUAUUCUUUAUGUGUUGUGUCAAAAGCUCCAUCUUGACACAAAGGAGCUGAGGUCUACCUACUUCUCUGGCUUAUUGCUCUCACUUAGAUAAUGUGUAAACUUAAACAUCAGACACCAAGAUGUAGUCCCCACCAACACCCUGUUCACACAUUAAAGCUCACAGAGCUCAAAAAAUGAACAGGUUUUACUACAGGCUAAAAGAAACAAACAGAACUAUCAAAACCCAAAGAAAGCAACAGUACUCACCAAUGAGGGAUGUUUACUGAGGCUUGUAAAGUCCCAAAACUUCCCUCAGUAGGGCUGUAGGAGGAGGCACCCAGGGAUUGUCCCUCCAUAUCAGUGCUUUCCCCCAAGCACCUCUGGUCAUGUAGCCUUGCCCUUGCUCCAAUUCCUGUCUCCAGUGGUUCUCAGCAGAUACUACCUUUAUUAUGUCUCCUUUUUCCAUCUUGUGUUAUUUUGCUCAUAACCCAUACCCCUUACAAACACUAGCAACUCUUAGCAGGGACUGGGUUUUCGUUUUUGUUUUUUGUUUUUUUUUUCAUUCCCAAGAGGUCAGUUCCCCAACUCCAGAAUCUUAGAUAGCCAAUGCUAUAACUAAAAAAUGUAGCCAGGGUUGCUGGUACUUCUGAGCCACCUUAUGUUCUGUGGUUCUUGGAGGCCUUAUGAGGGAUGUAGGGGAACCGACUUGCUUUCACACCUUACAAACAAGGUUUUCUACCCAAUUCUGUGUUGACAAUUUGAUGAACUACCUCCAGCUGGGAAGAACUCUUUUCCUCUGUGCCUCCAUUAGGUCAGGAUCUCUCUACAAUUGUCUUUCAUUCUGUCGUGAUUGGUCCUGGGGCAGCUGAGUUAAAUUAUUCAAAUUGCUGAAACAUCAGUAAUUUGAGAGGCAAUGCGAGCUGUGUACCUCCUCAGGCAUUGUUAGGCCCCAUUACAUUCAUAUUUCUUAUAGCUCAUUAAUAUUCAAUAACAAUGUUGCUAUAUGGAUAUAUGUAAAUAUUUAUAGAUACAUCUUUUCCUUCCUUUUCAAUGUUAUCCUUAGGGAUCACUGGAUCAAAUGGUAUAAACACGUCUGCAGCUUUCUUGUAUAAUAUAUUCCUUUCUGAAAAGAUCACAUAAAUUUUCCACUCCACCUGAAAUGUAAUAAUGUGCUUGUCUCUCCACAUUCUUAUUAGCAUUGAAUUUUGCCACUUUUAAUUAACUUCACCAAAGAAAUGGACGUUAGUCAAUAUCUCAGUUAUUUUCCUUUAAAUUUAUCCAAUUAUUAGAAAUUUUGAGCAAUUUUCAAUUGGCAAUUGUGUUUCUUCUUUUAAGAACUGCCUGUUCAUAUCCUUUGACCUACUUGUCCAAGAAAUAGAUCUUAGUCUUAAUAAAUUUGAGUUAAUUCCUUAUAGUUUUGGAUGUCAGAGUUUUCUCAGAAGUGAUUAGUAAAUGAUUUCCCCU